GGAUAAAACCGAAGGAAGCUUCAUACCAGCAAUUCAAAAAAAUAAAGGUAUAAGUCAGGGGUUAGCCAGGGGUCAUUUAAAUUAUUUUUAAAAAAGUAUUUUUAGAAAAAUAUUUUGGGGAACCGCACUUCCUUAUUUGACCAUUAUGACGCACAGCCCACUCGUCAUGUGAGAAGCCCCUCCAUUUCUAGUGUAGAUGAUUUGAUGUACGACUGAAAUUAAGGACACCCUUGUGGGCAAAGAGGUGGUAUCCGAUGGAGCAUCGUGUUUUAACAGAAGCUGAACAGUCUUCACUCGCUGUUGAUCACAUCUCCUUGCCGUGUUUUCCACUAGUUUGUCCCUAUUAUGAUUUCCUACUCCUGGCCGUGUUUUCCACUAGUUUGUCCCUUUAAUUAUUUCCUACUCCUGGCCGUGUUUUCCACUAGUUUGUCCCUAUUAUUAUUUCCUACUCCUGGCCGUGUUUUCCACUAGUUUGUCCCUAUUAUUAUUUCCUACUCCUGGCCGUGUUUUCCAGAGCCAUAUGGGAAAGGGUAUAUCAAACAACUUUAUUUAAAAUUGGUACAAUAUCUAGAAUUUCUUAAGACUGAAAAAUCUACGACUUAACAAAAGCCAAAACCACCAGAUGUAUACAUCAAUACAACAAUACUAUCUCAGUUUCAAACCUGAACUUAAUUAUGGCUUCUUUAACUUCAUUAGAUUGGAGUUUAUGUUGGGAUUCUCUACCGGCACAUAAGAACAACAACAAUAACAACUAUGCUUUAUGUGGUCGCGUUUUGCAAAAUUAAACACAUUUUGGAUGAUACGUCCCACCCUCUUCAUCACAGAUACUUAGGAUCGGGCUGUUCGGGACGAGUUCUUUCCACCAGGGCGAGGACUGACAGAUAUAAAAAUUCUUUUGUUCCCCAAUCUGUACGAAUUUACCGGCGUGCUUCCUCUGAAGUCACACAUCUGAAUGAGAACUAAUAAGUCCCCGAUUUUGCUAAGAGAACUCACUGAAUGACUGUUUGAAAUAAUUUAUGAUAAAUGUCUUGUGUUCAAAUUGUUUUAUUUUUGUGCUGAAAAUGUAUAAUGCAAUAAAAAAACAUUUCCAUUUAUUUGGAUCAAGGAAAGAUUUAAAUAUACUUUUAUGGCACACAUUGAUGCUUUAUGCUUAUUAAUAGUUUUGUUACUCUGCUCUAUGUAAAAAAAAAAAAAAAGCUCAAGCAAAUGUUGAAGAAGAUACCCUAUCAGAUGUUGAAGAAGACGACCUAUCAGAUGUUGAAGAAGACAACCUACCAAAUGUUAAAAGGGGCAGGCUACCAGAUGUUGAAAGGGGCAGUCUAUCAGCUGUUCAAGGAGGUAACCUACCAAUUUUUCCAAGAGGCAAUCUGUCAGAUGUUAAAACAGGAAACCUACCAAAUGUUGAAAGAGGCGACUUACCAGAUGUUGGCAUGAGCUGUUUUGUCAGCAGAAUGGAUGUGAGCGGCUACACAGGAAAAGGCACAAUCGAGAUCACCUAUAUAAUUGGAGGAGGUCGAACUGUAAGUGUGGUCGACUUUGUUCUUCUAUUCCGUUAUUUAAGACUUUAUUAUAGAUUCACGAAUUUAGUCUUGGAAAACAUAUCGACUUUUUUUCUCAGCGUAGCCUCUGCCUACCUCAUGACUGUUAUAAUCAAUAGUGUAGAGUUAUGUAGAGCACACACCUUUUAUGUGGUUAAAAAAUAGCACAAAUUUUACCCGCCACAGCACAGUCUAACAUCUCAUUCCUGUAGCUGGGGAGGUUAUUAAUCUAAAGGUUUUUGAAUGAACUUCAAGUGAACUUUAUCACUAGACAGUAGAAAAAAAAAGCGGUCAACACUAGACAAUAGAUUUAAAUAACUGUCAACACCAGACAAUAGAACAAAAGAACUUUUAAAAAGCAGAACAAGGGAAGUUUUUUCUUAACUAUCAAUACGUAUAGAAUACAGCACUGCAGACACGAAUAAUCAACAGCAACCAGGUCACACAGUGCCUGCCAUUUGAGUAUGCUAGAACAAACAACAAAAAAUACCCUUAGACCAGGAUUUAUUUUAUGAUGAUAAAUGAAAGACUGCGUUUUCUGUCACAGCUUUGUGUGUUCAUCUUUUACAAUGCCCCCCAGUAGGUGAAAUAGGUAAUGGUAUUUCUGGAACUGGGUUGCUGGAUACAAUAGUGGAUGUAGAUGACGCUACCGUAUUUUGAGGAGCAGCACUAGUAACAUCUAUUGCGCUUGGAUUUAACCAAGAUGUUAAUUUUGCAAGUUUACACGCUGUCCUUGUCACCCCUGCAGCUCUUUUUCUCUUCUGUGCUCCACUCCUAUAACUACGUUUCAAUUUCGCUUAAAGGGUUAUACACCUAGAAGCAUAUAAAUAUAUUAUAAAUAGUUUUAUUGCAAUAGCGGCAAUCUGUUCAAAAGAUAAUUUAAAAAAAAUAAACAUAAUUAUUUUUAUAAAGUAUUUGCCAGCCCUUUCAAACUCACAAGUGCACCGCUAUAAGAACUAACAUUGGAAAAGGAUAGUUAUGGUGUAAUGAAUACCAUAGUUAUGGUGUAAUGAAUACCAUAGUUAUGGUGUAAUGAAUACCAUAGUUAUGGUGUAAUGAAUACCAUAGUUAUGGUGUAAUGAAAACCAUAGUUAUGGUGUAAUGAAUACCAUAGUUAUGGUGUAAUGAAUACCAUAGUUAUGGUGUAAUAAAUACCAUAGUUAUGGUGUAAUGAAUACCAUAGUUAUGGUGUAAUGAAUACCAUAGUUAUGGUGUAAUAAAUACCAUAGUUAUGGUGUAAUGAAUACCAUAGUUAUGGUGUAAUGAAAACCAUAGUUAUGGUGUAAUGAAUACCAUAGUUAUGGUGUAAUGAAUACCGAUAGCUCUCUGUUUUUGCGCUACGUAAUGUAACAUGAACAUCAAUUUGAGAUGUUAACAGCGACAAAAAACAUUUUUUUAUACCGUUACCUAAAUACCUAUAUAUUUUUGCCUUCAGCUAAGACCUACAGUGACUAUUUGGUUCUACUUAUCAUUUAAAUAUGUUUUUUAGACAUAGAGAACAAUAUAUUUUUUAGUUUGGAAAAUUUAAAGUUAAUUGUAGGUUAUUUUAAUAAUAAAUUAAUUAUAAAAAAUAAUUAUUCAUUGGUAGUCUAGAAAUUCCUUUAUAUAAUGCUAAUUAGCCUCAGUUGUACUUGAACUAGUGCUAGAAUAAACCUUCUCCACUUAUUUCGCUACUGAGCAGUGGCAUAGCUAGGGUUAACAUGAUUGUAAACAUACAUUCUUACCUAAUUAUUUUUAUUCAUAUCUGGGAAAAAUAAAACUUGUUGAUGAGAACUAUUCUUUUUUAAAACUUUUAAAAUUGUCGAACUUCGAUUAGCAUUUAUCAUAUUAAUUUUGGAAUGUGCUGAUACAUGCCGUGGCUUAAAAUUGGGAAUUUUAAAUCAAAUUAACUUGUCAAAAUCUUUCAAAGUUCAUAAAAAACAUGUAAAGCAUGAUGCCUCUAUAAGAGUGAUUCUCCUAGGCCAGUGCCCACUUGGCCCAUGCCUUAAGUCGCCACCCCCCCCCCCCCCCCCCCAGGCCUGUGGGGGACGUCCGGUCGACUGAAAACGCUGCGUUUAAAGCGUUCGCGGUCCACUGUCAAUGACGAAAGAUUUUUAUUCAUUCAAUGAAAUUUUUUUUAAACAUUUUGCUACGAGAUGUUCUCACUUUUUUUUUGUGUGUGGGGCCAACCUGUUUUCUAGUUAUUCAGUAUUUAUUACUAAUCUAUUGGCUCAGCCUUCAUCACCAGGAAAGUCUUUUCCGUCGAGUGAAAGGACCGCUUACCUGCCAGCCACUGACGAAGGAUUUGACGCCUUGCGUCUUUUGAGGAUUGCAUUUCUGAGGCGUUUGAUCUUUAAAAUGGAUGCCUCGAACCCUGCAGGGAUCACAUGGAACAUUCAACACAAAACAAGCCUUACAAAUUCCCCGUACGUAUUAUUGGUUUUAAUGAAAGAGGGACGUAUUCAAACACAAGAGUGGCUUGUUCGGAUUUUGAUGAACAGAUUCAUAAAACCAAUUUUUAACGACCAACUUCAGGGGUUAAUGAGUCAGUUAACUAGUUCAACUUAUGGAGGGCCAUAACUAAUGUUUCAUAAAAUAUCAUGAAUUAUUCUAAAAAAAUUAUUUACAAAAAAUUAUCUCUGACUUGUAAUAGUUUUAAGGAAGGCCAAAUUAGCAUUCAUCAUCAUUUUUUUUUUUUUUUUUUUUUUAAAUUGUGAAAUAUUUUUAAAAUUACCACUGGGUGCCUAGUGGUGAUAAUCCAUUUUUCAAUCAAAUGGACAAUACUGAUUAUAGAUUAUCGAGUUAUUAUAGUUGUAUCCGUUAAGCUGUGUAUCUAAAAUGCACAUUGAGAUUGGUCUACUUUCCUAUCAAUAUCAGUUUACACAAAGAUACUUAAUAAUUUUACAAAACUUAAAACACAUCUAAUAAAAUGGCCCCACUGAAAACGAGCGCAAGGUGUUGAGCCAAUUGAGGCAGAAUUACCUUUGAAAUAUAACUAGGCUCUUAAUUACUCAGUAAGCAACGACACUUUUAUACAACAGGAUAUGAUUGUUUGUCAAAGUAAAUAGUUUUAAAAAAACAAAACAAUAUGAAUUUUUAAAGCAUCAAAGAGAAACAUAAUGCUACUUCCACUCAUUCAUAGAAUAAAGGGUUAGACAGAUCUAUCUAUAGCCCCAUAUCCAGCGUUCAAUUUGAUGACAUCAUUUUUACAGAGCGAUUGCGAAACAUUGGGAGGAGCCCGUUUCCAAAUGUUUAUUUUCAAUUACUGAAGAAUUCGUAAAAUGAGUAAAAAAAAUAAAUAAUAAUGUUUAAAAUCAUUUCUGCCAACGUUUCCUCAGACAUGGCUAUCCAGAUCCAACAUAUCUGACGAGACUUAUGCAGGAACUGAAAGAUAAUGGAGUUAGACUUAAGUCUAUGAGUGAGGAAGAAGAGAACUUAUCACUGGAAUUUGUUGAGAGGGUUAUGAAGACCAAAAUUACCAGGAAUUAAUUUCAAAUCUACAUCUCCAACCUUUUUCUGCCAAUCACCCCCAUGACAGAAAGAGAAACUUUUGAAAAAAAAACUUACCUUUAUUUUCUAUGUUCUAUCCUUUUCAAAAGAUAUACUUUUCUUAGAG